AUGGCAUUUGUGUUACAUGCAUUCCUAGCAAGAGGCUCAGUGGUGGCAGAAAUGCAGAAGAAUAUUCAGAAAUACGUUGGCUGCCCUUCAGAUGGGAAAACCAUGACAAGUGCUCUGUUGCCAUGUUAUGUGGGUGAAGAGGUAAAAGGUCCUAUAGCAACUGCUUCCAUGGCACUUGAACCAAAUGACCCAGGACAUUUAAGCAGCAACAGUACGUUGGCCACUAGCCAGGAUGAGCAGCAGGGUCUUUAUGAGUGCUGCAGUCGAGGGGCUGCUGUAGAAGCCCUGGAGCUGCUAGGAGCCACCUUUGUGGAUAAGAAGCGUUACCUGCUGGGGCCUCUCAAGUACUGGCGAAGAGCCAUGGAGCUUCAGCACAUGGGGGGACAGUACCUGACCAACCCUGAGCCCCAGCAGCUGGUGCUGGCUUAUGACUACUCCCGGGAGGUGAGCACCCUGGAGGAAUUAGAAGCCCUGAUCACUGACCCGGAUGAGAUGCGCAUGCAGGCACUUCUGAUCCGAGACCGCAUCCUGAGUCCUCAUCCAGACACCUCCUAUUACAUCCGUUACAAGGGGGCAGUCUAUGCUAUCUCGGGCAACUUUGAAUGCUGUAUUAACCUGUGGAAGUAUACUCUGGACAUGCAGCAAGGCAACCUGGAGCCCCUCAGCCCCAUGACUUCCAGCAGCUUCCUUUCUUUUGCUGAGCUCUUCUCCUAUGUGCUUCAGGACCACUCCAAGGGCACCUUAGCUACUCAGCUGGGCUUCUCCGACCUCCUGGGAGUGCUGAGCAAAGGGGUCCGGGAGGUAGAGUGGGCGCUUCUGCUUCACAAGGACCCGGUGGCUGACUCUGCACAGUACACCAAGCCACUAGCCAUCAUCCUCGAUCUAGUCUUCCUGCUGGAGAAGGUGGAAUGCACCCCUGAGCAGGAGCACCAGAAGCACCAGACCAUCUACUGCUUGCUCAAGUGCAGUCCCAAGGCCAAAAACGGGUUCACCCCCUUGCACAUGGCUGUGGACAAAGACACCACCACAGUGGGGCGCUACCCAAUGGGCAAGUUCCCAUCGCUCCACGUUGUGAACCUGCUGCUGGAAUGUGGGGCUGACCCAGAGAGCCAUGACUAUGACAACAAUACCCCGCUGCACAUUGCUGCCCAGAAAAACUGCCUGCUGAUCAUGAGUGCCCUGAUGGAGGCUGGGGCCCACAUGGAUGCCACCAACGCCUUCAAGCAGACAGCUUACGAGCUGCUGGAUGAGAAGCUGCUUACCAAGUGCAUGAUGCAGCACUUUAACUACAUCACCCUCCAGUGCCUUGCUGCCCAUGCCCUGGACAAGCACAAGAUCCCUUACAAGGGCUUCAUCCCUGAGGAGCUGGAGGCCUUCAUUGAACUUCAUUAG